CUGGCUGAACGGCGGAUGAACGAACGACGGCUGGUCCUCGGCAGCCACUGUCCUGCUGGUUUCUCAAUUCUCUCUGCUGACUACCUUGUUCAGGACCCGCGUGCUCAGGUAUCCGCUCACGAGCCUGAACGAGCCGCUUUUUGCACCUUUCAGCCGUCGCUCGUCCGAACAGUCAGAGACAAGAUGGCGGCCGCGGCAACAAUGAUGCCUCAUUUAGGGCAACGAAUUUCCUCUAAACACGACUUGGUGCCGAAUUGGACAACUCAGGAAGUCAGCACCGGGACGACCAUCAUGGCGGUGGAGUACGACGGAGGAGUGGUGAUCGGUGCCGACUCCCGCACCACCACCGGAGCCUACAUUGCCAACAGAGUCACAGACAAACUGACUCCGAUCCACGACCGGAUCUUCUGCUGCAGGUCCGGGUCGGCCGCUGACACCCAGGCCGUCGCUGACGUUGUCACCUACCAGCUGGGCUUCCACAGCAUCGAGCUGGAUGAGCCUCCUCUAGUGGAGACGGCCGCCCACCUGUUCAGAGCGAGCUGCUACCGCUACAGAGAGGAACUGACGGCUGGGAUCCUGGUGGCCGGCUGGGACCGGAGGAAGGGAGGCCAGGUUUACUGUGUUCCCAUCGGUGGGAUGCUGGUGAGGCAGCCCGUGUCGGUGGGUGGCAGCGGCAGCACCUAUAUCUACGGCUUCAUGGACUCUAACUACAAACCUGGACUGGCCAAAGAUGAAUGUCUGGAGCUCACUGCUGCAGCUCUGUCCCUGGCGAUGGAACGAGACGGCUCCAGCGGGGGUGUGAUCCGACUGGCCAGCAUCUCCGAGGCAGGUGUGGAAAGACGGGUCAUCCUGGGAAACCAGCUGCCCAAGUUCUCCACCCACUGAGCUUCAGCCAUGUGUUUAUUUAGUUGUGUUUAAUAAAGUUUUGAUGCUGGUA